AGACCUCUUCCCUCUUCAAGGCGCUCACCUACAUAUAAAUGGGCAACUAACUCUCAUUCAUCGAUCAUCUUAGGCAUAUACAAAUGGGCAACUACAUUUCUUGCAGUCUGUCAAGUAAUACUGGCGGAGGAAAGCACUGCAAAGUGACCAAAGUAGUGGUUCCGAGCGGUGAAGUUCGAGAGAUGAAUGAACCGGUAAAAGCCGCGGAGGUGAUGCUCGACACCCCAAACUACUUCCUGGUAAACUCCAAGUGUCUCCAUAUGGGCAGGAGGUUUUCUGCUCUUAAUGCUGACCAAGACUUGGAGAUGGGCAGCGUUUACGUCAUGUUUCCCAUGAAGAGGCUCAACUCUACAGUCACAUCUUCUGACAUGGCCGCCUUGUUCCUCACCGCCGUUGCCACUCCCAAGGCCAUGCACAAGCCCAAACGGCAGCUUUCCGGUGGCAAGGUCAGGGUGCGGCCGGCUGAUCAUGACGAUCACGAUCAAACCACCAUUAAUAAGAUGAAUUCAGACAAGGGGCCAAAGCUAAAUCUGGAUGAUAUCGAAGAGUUCUCGGCCCCAGAGUUCAUGCAUCGAUUAUCCAUGAGUAGGUCCAAGAAGCCAUUGUUGGAGACCAUAACAGAAGAGGUUGUUGGUGUUUGUUCAAGGUGAAAGUCAUACCAAUUAGUAAAAAUGUUGUACAUGCAUGUAUUACAAACUUAAUUAAUUACAGCAGUUAAGUUUCAAAGUGA